AUGAAAACAAGCUCCGCAGAUCCAAUAGCAGCGCUAACAAGUGUCACUGCUGAAACAACAGUAACAAUGACAUAUAAUACUCCAUCAAGUUCAAUAACAGCAACGAGCGUUUUUACAUCUGCUACAUCAAAAACAUCGACAGUCAUUUCCACAGCAACAACCACCAGUGCUCCCUCUAGUACAAUAACAAGAACUACGGAUUUGAAUCCAAAUGCAUCAAAUAUAACAUGGUUGAUGUCAAUAAUUGAAGCAUCAAAUCAAACAACAAUAAUCUCAGCUAGUCCAUCAUUUAUGGAUUUUGAUGAUCAAAAUUACUUUGUUGUACUGGGUUAUUAUGGUAAUCUUGUUCAAAUGAACAGAACAACAAUGAGUGUCAUUCGUUCAGCAAACUUAGGGGCUUAUUCAGCAGCAUUUACUUAUAGUAAUGGUUAUUAUUUUAUAGGUAUAAAAGUAAACAGGGAGGCUUUUGUCAUUUUGUUUCUUAUGCGCUUUAUUUGUAGCAUCCGAUGUUUCAGAUCCUUUAAUUUACAUUUAUUCUUCUCGAAAUCUAACAAAUUUGAUUGCACGUAUAAAUGGUACAGGAACUCAUUGUUUUUUUCGUCAAGUGGCAUUUUUACAAAAUUAUACCAUUAUGGUUGCAGCUGUUGAAAACCUAAAUACGAUUCAGUUUUAUCAAAUAUCAUUUUCAUCGUUUUCAACAACACUUUUAUUUUCAAUACCAGGGUUGCACAUUUCUCCAUAUAGUUUAUAUAAAGUGAACGAUACAUUCUUGUAUUUAGUAUAUUACUCUCCUUCUGUACCCAUCUACAUUCUAUCAUAUAACAAUAGUGACAACUGGACAUUAAAAGCACUGAACGUCACAACGCCAGCGUCUUCGGAAAGAUCAGCACAAAUGACAGUUGAUUCAUAUGGACGAAUUUGGUUUGCUAUCUAUAACUAUGGUGUGAGAAUAUUUGAUUCCACUGGUUCCGUCUUACUCUAUAGUUGGCCAGUCUCAACUGGAUUGGAUGGGAUACUGUUAACGGAUAAUUACGAGUUGUUUUUGGCUGACUAUUCCAACAGCAAAAUUUACCAUUAUAAACCAAACAUAAACUAGCAGUCAAUAACACUCGUGUAAAUAAAAUGACUCAUAAGUAUGGUUCUUUUGUGUCCAGUGAUAAAAUUGAAGAUCAGGCACGUUUAUCAGCUCGGGGUUUCCAGAAAAACAUGGGUCUUUUGGUGGCGGUAGUUUUUUGAGACAGUGCGGAAUAUAUUUUGAAAGAAAUCCUUAAAGAGCGCGUUUCUCGAAAUUUAAAAAGUCGAAAUUACAGUUUUGUAAAACUCACUGUUCGGGUUAAGCAAAGCAGCUAUCAUGACUUUUCAACAAGGCAUUUUAAACAAGUGCAUGAAAACUGAAUGAAAGUACAACAACUCCUGUGUGAUUUCUUAUGAGUGCUUCUCCCGAAAAUCUUUUCCAGAACACAUAUUAGAAGAUUUUUCUAAAUAGGCGCUGGAAAGACAUAUUCCAAAGUCCUGAGUACUUUUAAAAGAUUUAUCAGAGAGUCAUUUUAUUUGUUUUAUUUGGCUAAACAGUGGGUUUUGAAAAAUGUUGAAAUAUAAAUUGUUAUAAAUCUUAUAUUAAAAUCAAACAACUCGUUAUUUGAAAUUUAGUGUACGGGUGUUUCACUCAUAAUUCUCGUCUUCAAAAGAUACCUGAAUGAAGACUGAUAGUGGAAACCUUACGCAACUACCUUUACGCAGGAUUUUCCCAUGAUAAUCCUAAUACAUAAACUGUGCAGGUUCUAUCAGACCUAGCAGUAUAAAAGUACUGCUUAAAGGUAAGGAACAUCCCCAGAUAUUUUAAUACCGCCAACCCUCUGGAUCCUGCAUGAAUUCUGAUUAUUUUUUUCAGUGGAUAGUUAUGUAAGGAAACUUAGCAGCGGAUUCGACUAUUUCUUGCUGACAUUCGCUCUCAGACUUGUGUUGUAUUUCUACUUCAUUGUGUUAGAUACAGAAUUAAAUACUCUAUCGAACGGUACUAUUUUCGAUGGGGGUCAUCGAGUAAAAACGCGCAGUUUUCGCCUGGAACAAUGGGUUUUAGGCCCUUUCUACCAGUAUAUCCUGCUGAUAUACGCUCUCAGACCUGUGUUGAAUGUCUACUUCCUUACCCAAUGACCUCCAUCAAAAAUAGUACCGUUCGAUAGAGGAUUUAAUGCUGCAUCUAACACAAUCAAGUAGAAAUUUGACACAGGUCUCAGAGCGAAUAUCAGCAGGAUAUACUGGCAGAAAGGGCCUAAAACCUAGUGCUCCAAGGCAAUACUACCCGUUCUUACUCGAGGACCUCCAUCGAAAAUAGUACCGUUCGAUAGAGAAUUUAAUUCUGCAUCUAACACAAUGAAGUAGAAAUACAACGCAAC